AUGCCGCAAAAUGCGGCCGAACUGUGGAGUUUCACUCGUUUCUCGCCAAGUGCGAUAGUCCUCGGUCACCACAUGCACCCUGGUAUUUGCCCCGAUCUGCGUCCUCAAGGCCUUUUAAAGUUAGCAGCGGUCGGCUUAGUGGUCGCCCUGUUUGCCUGGUAUUGUUUUACAAGGGAGUUCGACCACGCGGUUGGCCUCAACCAGGACGGCUGGGUUACAGUAUCUUACCCGUAUGUGCUUUCGUCAUUGCAAGUUGCCGGAGGUGUUUUGGUAUUGCUUCUACUCUGGUUUUGGCACAUCAAUCGUCACCCUCAGAAGAAAAGUUUUGUUAAAAGAUCAACCUCGUUUGCAUGGGGAAUCCCUCGAGACGAGCUUGAUAUCGAUCCCGACACUUACUCGCCGUUCGAUUACGAUGUUUCCUUAGUUGUCACCGCUUUAAUUCAGCGUCGUGCUUUGGCGUUGGCCGCCUACGAGUCAGACAAUUUUCCGAGGAGGUGUGCCUUCUGUUCAAUGCGGAAUCAGCAGAAGACUGUCACCUCAACGGAACUGUGCCGAGCUGCUGCGUGGUAUUUUGCUGAGCUCGAGGUUGGCGAAUCCGAUAGUGGUAUAUUGAAGUUUGCUCAAAAGACUAUAAGUUCCUGUGUAGAUAUCCGUGGUUCCCAGAUGUGA